AAACAAUUAACGAAGGAAGUAAUUCACAACUAAAACAACAAUAGAGUCAAAGACCCAACCACUCUCUAUCUAGCACAAAAAAUCUGACUUUUACAAAGACAAAAGUGAGAAAACCUUUUCAACACUUGAUCUUCUCUUCUCUUCUCUUCUGUUGUCUCAACCAUGGCGCUAGAACUAUGGCAAACUCUCAAAGAAGCAAUCCAUGCAUACACAGGUCUCUCUCCUGUAGUCUUCUUCACCGCUCUCGCUCUCGCCUUCGCCAUCUACCAAGUCAUCUCAGGCUGGUUUGCCUCACCGUUCGAUGAUGUUAACCGACAUCAGAGAGCUAGAUCCUUGGCUCAAGAGGAUGAGCCACCGAUUCCUCAGCCUGUUCAAGUCGGUGAGAUCACAGAAGAGGAGCUUAAACAGUACGAUGGCUCUGAUCCUCAAAAGCCCCUUCUUAUGGCUAUCAAACAUCAGAUCUAUGAUGUUACACAAAGCAGGAUGUUCUACGGACCAGGAGGACCAUAUGCUUUGUUUGCAGGGAAAGACGCUAGCCGAGCUCUUGCAAAGAUGUCGUUUGAGGAGAAAGAUCUGACUUGGGAUAUCUCUGGUCUUGGUCCCUUUGAGCUAGAAGCUCUUCAGGACUGGGAAUACAAGUUCAUGAGCAAAUAUGCUAAGGUUGGUACUGUCAAAGUGGCCGGUUCAGAACCUGAAACCGCAUCUGUGUCUGAACCCGCAGAGAAUGUUGACCGAGAUGCUCAUGUAACCACAACGCCUGAGAAUACCGCUGUUGAUAAGAGUGAUGAGGCUCCUGCUGAGACUGAGUUGAAGGAGUAGAGCCCAUUUCCAAGAUUUGCUCUGAUUUUUCAUAGAGACCAGUUUUAAGAAAGGAUUGUAGAAUCUCUAUUGUUGAAGUGUCAAUGAUAAUCUUGUUUUACUUUCCCAAAAAAUAAAGAUUGCUGAUUAAUGAUAAGACAAAAGGUUUUAUAAA